CGGCCAGGAGGCAGCGGGCGGGCGGCGCGCGCCGAGCCGAGCGGAGGGAGCAGGCUUCGGCGGGCAGCGUGCUAGCCGGUAACAUGGAGCCACCCGGAGGGGGCCUAGGGCCGGGCCGCGGGACCCGCGAAAAGAAGAAGGGCCGGAGUCCCGAGGAGCCGCCCGUAGCCGGCGGCGGCGGUGACGGCGGCAAAUCCAAGAAAUUCACUUUGAAGCGGCUCAUGGCAGAUGAGCUGGAGAGAUUUACCAGUAUGAGGAUAAAGAAAGAAAAAGAAAAGCCUAAUUCUGCUCAUAGGAAUUCAUCUGCAUACUAUGGUGAAGAUCCUUCUGCACAAUCACUUCAGGAUGUCUCAGAUGAGCAAGUCUUAGUCCUUUUUGAACAGAUGUUGCUGGAUAUGAACCUGAAUGAAGAGAAACAGCAACCUUUGAGAGAGAAAGACAUUAUCAUCAAGAGGGAGAUGGUAUCCCAGUACUUGCACACCUCGAAGGCAGGCAUGAGUCAAAAGGAGAGCUCCAGAUCUGCCAUGAUGUAUAUCCAAGAGCUUCGUUCAGGUUUAAAGGAUAUGCCUCUACUUAGCUGCCUAGAGUCCCUUCGUGUGUCACUUAACAAUAACCCUGUCAGUUGGGUACAGACCUUUGGAGCUGAGGGCCUUGCAAGCUUGCUGGACAUACUUAAACGACUCCAUGAUGAGAGAGAAGAAUCUCCCGGAAGCUACGACAGCCGUAAUAAGCAUGAGAUUAUUCGCUGCUUGAAAGCUUUUAUGAACAACAAGUUUGGGAUCAAGACGAUGUUGGAAACAGAAGAAGGAAUCCUACUGCUGGUCAGAGCCAUGGACCCUGCUGUCCCUAAUAUGAUGAUUGAUGCAGCCAAGCUUCUGUCUGCUCUUUGCAUUCUACCACAGCCUGAGGAUAUGAAUGAACGUGUUCUGGAGGCUAUGACAGAGCGAGCAGAGAUGGAGGAAGUAGACCGCUUCCAGCCUCUCUUGGAGGGAUUAAAGAGUGGAACCUCUAUUGCUCUCAAGGUGGGAUGUCUACAAUUGAUCAAUGCCCUAAUCACACCUGCAGAAGAACUUGAUUUCAGAGUCCAUAUCCGAAGUGAGCUGAUGCGCUCAGGUCUGCAGCAAGUACUUAAGGAUCUGCGACUGAUGGAGAAUGAAGAUAUGAAGGUACAGCUGGCUGUGUUUGAUGAGCAAGGGGAGGAGGAUUCCUAUGACCUGAAGGGAAGAUUGGAAGAUAUACGAAUGGAAAUGGAUGAUUUCAGUGAAGUUUUUCAGAUCCUCCUGAACACAGUUAAGGAUUCAAAGGCUGAGCCACUCUUCCUAUCUAUCCUGCAGCAUCUGCUGCUGGUCCGAAAUGACUACGAGGCCAGACCUCAGUACUAUAAACUGAUAGAUGAGUGUAUAUCCCAGAUAGUGCUUCACAAGAAUGGUGCUGAUCCCGACUUCAAGUGCCGACACCUCCAAGUAGACAUUGAAGGAUUGAUUGAUCAAAUGAUUGAUAAAACAAAAGUGGAGAAAACUGAGGCCAAAGCUAUAGAGUUGGAAAAGAAGCUGGACUCAGAGCUAACUGCCCGGCAUGAGCUACAGGUGGAAAUGAAAAAGAUGGAGGGUGACUUUGAACAGAAACUCCAGGAACUACAAGGAGAGAAGCAAACAUUGGAUGCAGAGAAACAACAAUUAGCUACUGAGAAAAAGGACCUGGAAGCUGAAGUCUCUCAGCUGACUGGAAAGGUUGCCAGUUUGUCUAAGGAGCUAGAAGAUGCCAAAAAGGACAUGGCUUCUCUCUCAGCUGCAGUUGUCUCUUCUGUUCCUCUUGCCCCUAGCAGUGAUACUAUUCCUUCUGCCCCUCCUCUGCUUAGUGACUCCCACAUACCUCCUCCUUUAGCUAGUGGUAUUAAUGUUCCUCCCCCUCCUCCUCUGCCUGGUGGCAUUAAUAUACCCCCUCCACCCCCUCCGCCUCCCCUGCCUGGUGGAGCUGGCAUUCCUCCUCCUCCCCCCCUACCUGGUGGAGCUGGCAUUCCUCCUCCUCCCCCCCUACCUGGUGGAACUGGCAUUCCUCCUCCUCCCCCCCUACCUGGUGGAGCUGGCAUUCCUCCUCCUCCCCCCCUACCUGGUGGAGCUGGCAUUCCUCCUCCUCCCCCCCUACCUGGUGGAGCUGGCAUUCCUCCUCCUCCCCCCCUACCUGGUGGAGCUGGCAUUCCUCCUCCUCCCCCCCUACCUGGUGGAGCUGGCAUUCCUCCUCCUCCCCCCCUACCUGGUGGAGCUGGCAUUCCUCCUCCCCCUCCCCUGCCUGGUGGAGCUGGAAUGCCCCCCCCUCCUCCUCCUUUACCUGGUGGAAUCCCUCCACCCCCUCCUCUCUCAGGGGUUCCUGGUAUCCCUCCACCUCCCCCAGGAAUGGGUAUGCCUCCACCUCCCCCUGCAUUUGGGGGUCUGGGAGUGACUGCGGCUCCAGUUCUGCCCUAUGGCUUGGUUCCAAAGAAGCUUUAUAAGCCAGAGGUGCAGCUCCGAAGGCCAAACUGGUCCAAGUUUGUUGCCGAAGAUCUGUCCCAGGAUUGUUUUUGGACAAAGGUAAAAGAGGACCGGUUUGAGAACAAUGAGCUAUUUGCUAAGCUCACACAUACCUUCUCAGCCCAGACAAAAACUUCCAAAGCCAAGAAGGAUCAGGAAGGUGGAGAAGAAAAGAAGUCAGUACAGAAGAAAAAAGUAAAAGAACUGAAGGUGUUGGAUUCAAAGACGGCCCAAAAUCUCUCAAUCUUCCUGGGUUCUUUUCGUAUGCCCUAUCAGGAGAUCAAAGCUGUCAUCUUGGAAGUGAAUGAAGCUGUUCUAACAGAAUCAAUGGUGCAGAAUCUCAUUAAGCAGAUGCCAGAGCCAGAGCAGCUAAAGAUGCUGUCAGAACUAAAGGACGAAUAUGAUGAUUUGGCUGAGUCAGAACAGUUUGGUGUAGUGAUGGGCACUGUUCCUCGCCUUCGACCUCGACUCAAUGCCAUCCUCUUCAAGCUGCAGUUCAAUGAGCAGGUAGAAAAUAUCAAGCCAGAGAUUGUUUCUGUAACAGCUGCUUGUGAAGAGGUACGAAAGAGUGAGAACUUUUCUAGCCUCUUGGAAAUAACCCUGCUUGUGGGCAACUACAUGAAUGCUGGUUCCAGGAAUGCUGGUGCCUUUGGCUUCAACAUUAGCUUCCUUUGCAAGCUUCGUGACACCAAGUCCACUGAUCAGAAGAUGACACUGCUGCAUUUCUUGGCUGAAAUGUGUGAGAACAACUACCCUGAUGUCCUCAAGUUCCCGGAUGAGUUAACCCACGUAGAGAAGGCUAGUAGAGUUUCAGCUGAGAAUUUACAGAAGAACCUGGAUCUAAUGAAGAAGCAGAUUUCAGAUGUAGAAAGAGAUGUUCAGAACUUCCCAGCUGCCACUGAUGAAAAAGACAAAUUUGUGGAGAAAAUGACCAGCUUUGUAAAGGAUGCCCAGGAACAAUAUAACAAGCUUCGAAUGAUGCAUUCUAACAUGGAAACCCUCUUUAAGGAACUAGGAGAUUACUUCCUCUUUGAUCCUAAGAAAAUGACUGUGGAAGAAUUCUUCAUGGACUUAAACAAUUUCAGGAAUAUGUUUCUGCAAGCUGUCAAGGAGAACCAAAAACGUCGGGAGACAGAGGAAAAAAUGCGUCGAGCAAAGUUAGCCAAAGAAAAGGCAGAGAAAGAACGAUUAGAGAAGCAGCAGAAGAGAGAACAAUUGAUAGAUAUGAAUGCAGAGGGUGAUGAAACUGGUGUGAUGGACAGUCUCCUGGAAGCCCUACAGUCAGGUGCAGCAUUCCGAAGGAAGAGAGGACCCAGACAAGCCAACAGGAAGGCCGGAUGUGCAGUCACCUCUCUCCUUGCCUCAGAGCUGACAAAGGAUGACGCCAUGACUACAUGUUCUGCUAAGUUGCCCAGGAUGACCGAGGGAACCCGGGACAUGCACGAUGAAAAUAAGGAGUUGAUUGGUCGUGCGAGCUAGGCCUGGGCUGUGCAGCAACACUAGUUGAACAGCUGAGCCUGGGGCAGCCCUGUUUUGCAGCAUGAGCCUUAAGGGAUCAAGUGGACUUUCCUCUUCGGCAGCCAACCUUCCCUGCCUCCUUUCUUUGACCUGCUGCUCUCUGUAUAGCAUACACAGCUUUAGCUGUCUGGAGGCAAGAAGGAAAGGGCACAGUGGAAGAAGCCCUGGAUGCCCACUCAGCACUGGCUGUUGCAUUACCAAAGCAGGGACCAUCUAUGCUGCCUUAACCCUGUCUUACCUUUGUUAUUGUGCUGCCAGGUCUUGGGCAUGCCCAACCUGCUUCCUCAGUCCCUGGCUCCAAAGGAGCUCACCCCAAGGUCAAUCUUGCUGGAUUCAUGUUCUUUCUGCUAUCUUGUGCCCUGCUGUGGCUUCUCUGGGCCUAGGAACCGCAUGGGGCUCUUGAACUUUCUGACCAUAUUCUUAUAUUUCCUAUCAUUGCUGCCACUUCUGCUUUCUUCUCCCUCUCUCCAUUUGCUAUUGAUAUUUAUUGUUUGUGGUGAGGUGUUGGCUGCUGCUUCUAAAGAAAUGAGGAGCAGCUCCCACCUUCACUCCACCCCCAGGGAAGGACCCCUUCCUCGCCCCAGCUUCACAAAGCAAAAAGAACCAGACUACCACUAUCCAGCUAUGGCAUGAAGUAGAGCACCUGAGGAAAAAUGAUCCUAGAGUCUGGGCAUUGCUAACAGCAUCAAGACAGGACAGCCUCUCCGCAUCCUCAGCUUAACUGAGUGUCCCUCCCUCCUCCCUCCCUCUGUCUUCUGCACUUGCCCCCUCACUGCUGAUCUCCACUGCCCUUGUUAUUCUUAGGGUCUUGGCUCAUCCCCAUCUGAAGUUUCAGCUGUUAUAUGGCUGCACAAGGCCCCCACCCUCUCCAAGUCUCCAGGGAAAGGGGAGGCAGAGCCUCCUGGCUAAGAAAUUGUUUUGCAAAUGGAUCUAUUUUUGUAUAAGAUGUUGUUUUUUAGAAAAUAUAAAAAAAAAAGCUCUCUCUUCUCUGUUCCCUGCCCCUUCUCCCUCCUGAAUGUCAGAGUUCCUGGAAUUUUUCCCCUUUGCUUAUCCCCAGACACCAGGACCUGCUUCACUGCCCUCAUCUGGACCUGUUCUAAUGGACAAGUUCAAAUUCCAAGCCCCAAGUAAUAGUUCUGGAUUAUUAAUUUCUGAGCUCUAUGGGUGACUUGGUACUUUUUCCCUGACCAGACAAGGCCAGGCCAAGGAGCUGAGAGGACCCAGGUACUGCUGAGUUUUUUAUAAAUUUAAUAUAUUUGAAGAGCCAAAUGUGCAAAUGCUAACUGGGCACUAUGGGGGAAGAGAGAGGUCCAGAUUAAAGGAUUGGGGUAGGGGGAAGGGUGGAAUCAUGUAAGUAAGAUGCAUAGGCACUGUGCCCUCACCCUACACUGGAUACAAUUGUUGUGCCAUAUUCCCUAGAAAGGUAAACCUAGAAUUCCCAAAUGCAGCUUGAAUCAUCCCUGCCCUCCUCAUGUCCCCUUCAUUUCCUUACUUAUAGAUAAGAGGAGAAUGGGAUCCUCUGAGGAGAAAAUCUAGAAGGCUCAAAGACAGGGAAUUCUGGGAGUUGGGAAGGUCCAGAAUCCUGGGCCUGGGGUUUGGGGCAACAGCAGCUGCUGUGAGAACUUUUUUCAGAUGCUGUGUCAUAAGGAGUACUUGCUACUUCCAUUGUCCCUCCCUGCUGGCUGACAGUCAAACUUUGAAUCUUUCUUUUUUAAAUCACUUUUGCUAAGAUGCAUUUGAUUAAAAAAAAAAAAAAAAAAAAAAAAAAAAAAAAAGCAAACAAACAAAAAACCCCCAAUAAUAAUAAAAGGGCAAGAUACAAAUCUAUGUCCCUUGCCUUUUGAGCUUCUGGGACAUGUCAUCAUCUCUGAUUUGUUGGAUUUAUUUGUUCACAACUGUUAAUAAAGCAUUGGAACAGUAUUCAUUCCAGUCUUCUUUGUGAGGUUUUGGCCCACACCUCUUCCAUGCCCCAAAUAUACAACCUUCCCUUCUCAAUUUGAGAAAAUCCAAGGGCCUUGCCCCUCCUUCUGUAUUAAUAUCAAGUUUGUUGCUUCCCAAGUACCAAUUCAUAUUAACAGUAUUAAACACCUCCUGUUUAAAAA